UGCACCAAUGUGGACUUUGUAUUCUGGAGGCCUGUACAGCAACUACUUUGGCACAAGUAUCAUGCUGUUAUAUCUGAAAAGCAAAAGACAGGAAACUAAGUUGAAAAGUGAGAAUGUAAAAUGUGCCAUUUCAAAACCUGGUUUGAGAGAGAAUGUUCAACAUAAAAGAAGAAAUCCUGUUAGGAAACUAAGAACUCAAAAUAAUCAACUUAACCAGGAUGAAACACAAAAUGGUAUAGUUCAUAAGAAGACUGUUAGUAGUGAAAGUAUUAUAUGCCCAUCAUCUAGAAUCUCAGAUGCAGUUGAAAAUAUGAGUAAACAGUCCUUUUUGCCAAGAUUGAGAAGUGCUAAUAAAGCAAGUGCAUGUAGCUUCAGUGAAAAGAGAUCACUGAAUACAAAUAAAACACAAAAUAUUAAGGUAAUCCAAUCUUCAAACUCAGAUCAAGUCCAAGAAAAUUUAAAAGCAAAAAAACCACACAAUAAAAGUACUAAGAAAACAAAAAUGUCAAAAGAAAAGCUUGAGUCUUGUGAAAAUCAUUUAAACAAAGAAAAAAAAGCACUAUUUGACAGUAAUAUAAUGAUAGAUACUUCUAUUAAUAUAAAAACAAGAAAAUCAAAAAUAAAUAACACCCCCAGAAAGAGUACCGAACAAUCAGUGAUGAAUGAAAGUCCUAGCAACAAAAUGGGUGAUAAAACAGAUGGAGAAAAUAAAACUGUCAUAAAAACACUUAAUAAAACCAGAAAAAAGUCAAGCCAUAUAACUUGUAUUAAACAGAGAAAAAAAGUGAAUCUAAAAAUACAGAACAAAAAAGAAUCCGAGAAAAUGAGUAAUUCUAGUCAAUCUGAAGAUCCAAAGGUAUUUAUACCUGAAAUUAACUCAAAGGCUCUAGAAAAAGUUAAUCAUUCUGAAGAUCCAAAGGUAUUUAUACCUGAAAUUAACUUAAAGGCUCUAGAAAAAGUUAAUCAUUCUGAAGAUCCAAAGGUAUUUAUACCUGAAAUUAACUCAAAGGCUCUAGAAAAAGUUAAUCAUUCUGAAGAUCCAAAGGUAUUUAUACCUGAAAUUAACUCAAAGGCUCUAGAAAAAGUUCAUCAUUCUCCAAACAUAGGUGUAGACAGUGUUAAAAGAUUUGACUCUAUUACAAAAAAUAUUGAGCAUAAGAUAACAAAAAGGAGGAAGAAACAAUUUAUUCAAAUGAAAUCAACAGAACAACAGGUGAAAACCAAAGUUCUAUCUUUAAAAAGACCAUAUCCGCUAGGACUGGAUAGCAACCCAGAAGGAUCUUCUAAAAUCAUCAGACGAGGGUCAAAACGUACGAUUGUAAAACCAGUAGCAUUUUGGAGAAAUGAACACAUUAAUUAUAGAUGCACAUCAAAUGGAACUUAUGAGAUAGCUGGUAUUGUGCCAGGAUUCAAAGAGGACACCAUUUUUGUUCAUCCCAAAAACAGAAAAGCAGUAAAAGAAUUUCAAGAAAAGGCCAAAGUAUAUGAUCCACACAUAGGUAGAGAAGUGAAAGCGGUUGUUGUCCGAAAUCAUACACAAUUAUUGUGGAGGGGGCCUACAGGCUCUCCUGCUAAGAAAAAAGACCCAUUGAAACUAUGUAAGAGCUUCCAGUUCUCUAAAUACUCCAUGGGAAUUAUAGUGAUUGAUUCAUUACAAGAAAAACCAUGCCAUUAUGCUCCUACUGAUUCAUUGUUCUUUCUUGUUGUUUAUGGAAAGGUGGAAGUAUGUAUUCACAACAAUUCCUGGAUAAUUGAAACUGAUGGUUCAUUUGUAGUACCAUUAGGUAACAUCUACAAAAUCAAAAACCUCCGACAAGACAAAGCUAAACUCAUCUUUUUUACGAUCAUGGGAACUUCACCAGUAGGAGAGUUGGGGGUAUGAGUUAACUUCGAUUACUAAAUCACAUGCCUUUUCCUUAUGUACAUUAAACAGUUGUUGUUGUUUUUUUCUAUGUGUUAAGGUGUUCAUGCAUUGUUGGAGGUAAGAGAAGGUUCUUAUUUACAGUUUAGUUAUAAAGUUAUAGUUUGUCUUGUGAAGAAAUGUUCAUUUAAAUUUGUAGUUUUAUUUAUAUAAUAUAGAGCUAUAGUGCCUGCAUAUAUUUCUGUAUAUUUUAGU